GAUAUCGAACGAAGAAAAUAUGGUUCCAGUUACCAAACCGAACACCAAGGAGGUGCAGUGCCAGCUCGCUGCCUGCGAUGAGACCAAGCAGCAGCCAGAGGCCAUUGUUACUCCUGAGAGCGGCCGCGUGGGCAUUUUCAAUGCGGAGGACUUUUUAUGGCGUGCCCACAUGAACAACAAGAUCAACAACAUCUUGCGCUCGCCCACCAAAGCUCCAAAUGGCGUGCGCCAGCGCUCGGUGUACACCAACAACAACCUGUCGCCGCAGUCGUCGGUUCCUUUGUCCAGUACGGCUGCGUCGUUGUCAGCACGGAUGAGCAUCAUCUCACUGAACAGCGGCAGUGUCAGUGUAGACACAAAUAAUUCUGUGGUUACUGGGGAAUGCUCUAGCCAGACCAAUGCUGUGGGUGGUAGUGGCUCCUAUCGGACGCUUGGUAUGAACAUGCCGAUACUGACCGCUGCUGCAGGUUUCGAACCCUUGGUUCUGAACACCAAAUCGUUGACUGCUCGCUUCGCAAGACCUGUUGGUUACUGUCAGCCACAACCGCAACCACCCAUGCACCACACUCAGCUGUUCCCGUCACCAAUGCCGCCACCACCUCAUGCUCUGGGUCGCGUUAGUUCGCGCACCUUUGAGUUUGAGAAUAGUCCGCCACCACCACCACCCUGUCCUGGCUCCGGGCCGAUUGCCAUGUCCAAUGGCACGAUUCAGCUGCGCCUGCGCGAAGGUGUUAGGAUUGACAUGACUCUGGACAAGGCAGUGCGCGUGUUGAAUCAGCGCAGCAUGGUGGCCGUGUCCUUGUCGCGCAACGGCACAAACUCUGCUCUGAUCCAUCCAAAUGGCCGCAUUCUGCAGAGCGGCUCCAAGGUGGAGAUCGUCACAUAUGACGGCAUGAAGGCCAACAACUUUGUUCGCUACGCCAAAAUGUGGUACAAGGGUGUAAGCUUCACCAGCGAGUCUUGUGCUUUAAUUUAUCUGGUAGACACCGCUGGAACACGCACCACAACCGACACUUUCACUGACCUGACCAAGGACUACACUCUGGCAGUGUUUUAUGACGACUCACGCCACGGUCCCUCUUUUGUGCCAGAUGCACAGGAGGUGAUUGCCAAGUCAUCGUACAGUUGCGCAGACGACGGCACCGAGAUGUACGACAUCAACGGCUUUCGCAUUAUUCAGGCCACUGAUGGCCUGGUGAAGGUGACUCGCCAGCACAACAAGGGCCUCAUUCGCACUAGCCCUGGCAACGGAUCAGUCACUUUAACCACCCUUGGCAUCCACUGCACCGCCUCGUUAGGCAAGACCUCGCAUCUGUUCUUGCGUCGCAAUGAGAAACGCAUGCACUUCGAUGGAUCGAAUUUCAUAGUGCGCAAUGCUGGACACUCGGCGGGAUUUAACGAAAACAACCUGCUGAUAGUCUACUAAGUUGCCCUCGUCUUAAACACAACCGCACUCUCAUGAAAGACACACACAGAAGCAAAUAGCAUCUAUCGCAAUUUUAGGGACCGUAGCGCAGCCGUAGCGUGGAGAGGAAUAAUUACUGAAAAUUAUAUCAAGCACAAAAAAAAACUAACUAAAAAUAAGGCUCGCAAAAGGCGCGGGAAACAGUAGACAUCCUGACCAUAAAAAGCACAUAAGGAUAAUCGACAAUAGUAGACCGGAUGAUUAGGUGCCUCUCGAAUGUCUUUCGUAUCCCGACGUAAGCGAACUGCAAUCAAAAAAGGAAUUCGGUUUUAGUUAUCCUUUCGUACUCAAUCAUUUUGAUAUCAGUGAAAAUUUAGUAAGAAACCUAUUUAGACACGUAUCCAUUGCCCUGCCUACUACUUAAAAACGUUGACCGUUUUCGCAAAAUCGAUGAUGUCAGCUUUUUUUGGUUUUGAAGGGUCAUUUUGGCAUUAAAAACGACGUUUCUUCAAGAAAAUUUGAACAAAUUUAAAAAUGUAUCAUACGUAAAGAAAAGCCCUGAAAAAAUUUUUAAAAAUUCAAAAACAGAAGAUUUUUUCUGUUUGCGUCAUGGUAAUAUGUAUGUGUAACAGUUAGUAGGCAGUGGUCUUAAGAGAUGGCUGUCCCUCUGAAUGCUGGGCUGAUCUUGUGGCAGUAACAGUGCCAGUAAGAAAU